GUUUUCUCCCGGAGCCAUUCGGCAGCCCCCCCCCCCCCAACGCGGGGCGUGGGCGGGCUGACGGGCGGCCCUCUCGACCAAUGGGCAGCCGUGUUUUCCCGCCGCGGCCAAUGGGAGGGCGUCGUGGGCGGGCGUCGUUGCGGGGGGCUGCCUGGACGGGGCGCGAGCGGGGGCCGACGCAAGUUUUCAGGCUGGUGGACAGUCGGACGUUGGUGGCGCUGGCUCCUGAUCGCUGGGCUGUCGGAAGGAGCGAGCGAGGAGAAACACAAGGUACUGAGCCCAGGAGCGCCUUUCCCUUGAGGUCUGUCUGUGCGUCUCCUACUGAUGUACCUGCUCUAACAGUGUCUGGAGGGACCCCCGCCAGCUGCCGUCUGCAGGGCCCUUGGCAGGGAGCGUUCACCAGGAAGCACGAUGAAGAUCGUGGUUGCCAAAGUGCUGUGUCUGCUGGGCAUCUGUGUCCUCAUGCUGGCCGGGUCCCUUCUCCCUGUCAAGAUAAUCGAGGCCGAUUACGAGAAAGCUCAUCGCUCCAAGAAGGUUCUUGCCCUCUGCAACUCUUUUGGAGGAGGGGUCUUCCUGGCCACCUGCUUCAACGCCUUGCUGCCUGCCGUGAGAGAAAAGCUCGAUGAAGUUCUCAGGCAGGGGAAUGUGACCACGGACUACCCAGUGGCUGAGACCAUCAUGAUGGUUGGCUUCUUUGUGACGGUCUUUGUGGAGCAGCUCAUCUUGACCUUCCAGAAGGAGAAACCUUCCUUCAUUGACUUAGAGACCUUCAAUGCCGGUUCGGAUGUCGGGAGCGACUCUGAAUACGAGAGUCCCUUCAUUGCGUCUUCCCGAGGGCGCACGUUGUACAGUGAACACGGUCACCGCUCCCACGGCCUGAAUAUCCAGGAGCUCUCCCACUCCGGCCCCUUACGGCUCAUCGGGCUGGUGUUUGCUUUGUGUACACACUCCAUCUUCGAGGGACUGGCCCUGGGCUUGCAGGAGGAGGGCGGCAAACUCAUGAGCUUGUUCCUAGGAGUUGCCAUUCAUGAAACGCUGGUAGCGGUGGCAUUGGGCAUCAGCAUGGCCAAGACCGCGUUGCCCCUGAAGGAUGCUGUGAAGAUGGCUGUGGCGGUGAGCCUGAUGAUUCCUCUGGGCAUUAGCAUUGGGAUGGGGAUUGAGAGCACCCAAAAUGCGGCCAGCAACGUUACUUCCCUGCUCCUGCAAGGCAUUGCGGGGGGCACUUUCUUGUUCAUCACCUUCUUUGAGAUCCUUGCAAAAGAGUUGGAAGACAAGAACAACCGUCUCUUGAAAGUUCUCUUCCUGGUGCUGGGCUACACGGCUCUGGCUGGGCUGGUCUUCUUCAAGUGGUGAACACGGGAG